UUUUAUGCUUGUUGGUGUUGGUGCAUUUGCGUGAAAACCGGUCUAACAGUCCGAACGUGAAGCUGUGUGUAGUGGUUUUCCCCUAUUUUAUCUCCGGUUCCGGGCUAUAUACAGACUAAGGGGUAGGGGUUGAACUAUUCAUCCCCUCCUUUGAAAACAGUCGUCGCAUGGUGCUCACGAAUCCCCUUCCACAUGCGAUGUACAUGUAGCAGCUGUCAAUGUGUGCUACGAUAUUGCCCAUUGCCCCACGGCGAACGUGUACGGUGAAUUCUCACGAACGUCAGUUCAACAAAAACAAGCAAGCGGUUUGGAAGCAUAUUUCGUCGUGCCCGCGUUGUCGCUCCGUAUUCGCGCGAGAGCACAUUUACGGGAAUAUGGACACGUGUCGACACACGUUUCUUUCGAAAGCAAAAAAGCAAAACAUUCGUUAAAACGAUAAAACAUGUGUGUUACUGAGUGUUAGCAACUAAUAGCAAAAAAGUACUAAAACGCGUAACGUUAAGAGUGAGAAACGAAAGUAGGAAAAACAGUGAUAUAAACACAACAAAUAUAAAACCGUGAAAUCCCGUCGGUUAAAUUGGCAUUGGCAAGCUGCAUCUUGAAAGUAGUGCAAAGACGGCCUUUUUUUUCUGUGGUUGGCAAGCGACAUGCAAUCGGGGGUGCAUCCGUCAUCCUGCAAGAAGACGUCAUUGAAGAACUUGUGUGACGGGCAAGGAAAGGAGCGCAGAACGUCAACGCGCUUGUCGGUGUGAGUGACGGCUCGUCAACUCUUCCACCGUGUGGUGGCGCUAUGUUGUGUGAAAGAGCAAGAGCAGUUUCGUGUUUCUGUUUCACACGAUAGAGGAGAAAGAGGAGAGGAAUCCCGAAGCUACACACGAGAGCGAGUGUGUGUGUGUGCGCGCGCGAGUGUGUCGUAUGUGAAAGAGUGAGAGAGUACGCUAGCACGCCUGUCCGAUAGUGUGUGAGAGAAAGAGAGAGGACCCCGUGCGCAUUCGCUUCUGCGCUAGUGUGCGUUCGUCCUUAUGUGUCACUCGGUGUGAUAUCCACCACGAGAUGUCACAGAUGUGAUAGGUUCGUUGCGUACACGGGACAGCCAAGCAUAACCCGUCGAAAAGGCAGCCGUCUGUCUGUCCGCCGUCAGCUUCCGUCAGUCAAAAGUCGUCGGGUAGCGGAAACACAACACCGAAACCACCGUUGGAGAUUCGCUAACGCUCCUUCGGCCGAUACGCCGUGUGUGUGUCGUCCUUCGGCUUUUUCGGACAAUUCGGAGCAAAUUUCCCAGCAUCGCAGCAGGCUGCACUGCUGGACCACACUGACUCUAUUUCGGUCAGUUGACACUAACGGCAUCUCGGGACGGGUACCCGCAACCGAAACUCGCUGGCCCUUAAAGGAGUUGUUGCGCGUCCGUGCCAUGCGUUCCCAUACCGGACAAAUUUGCUGUGUUUGUGCGUUGCGGGACUGAUUGCGUGAUCGAAGUGUCGUUAUUUGAUUCGGUGCAAAUUUUGUUUCCUUAUCACAUAAAUUGUACACAGCAAGGGAAACAAUGGUGAAAUGCAAACGUUAAACGAUCAUACAUUUGCGACGGUGUUCGAGCAAUUGCACCAGCAGGUGAUGUCUCGAUCGAGCCUACGCAGCACGAUCGAGAAUGAGUUCGAGAAGACACAAACCCAAAAUCAACAGAACGAUGUUCUCGAGCGAGUGGUUGCAGGUUGCAGACGAAGCGGCAUGGUUUAGUUUGUAAGCAAUCAGUGCGUUACUGCGGUUACGGUGCGACGAUGGCAAAUAAAUAAAUAAUUGCAACACACUGCGGCAACAUAUAUAUACGGCGCUAUACGAAUCUGGCACAAGUAAAUAAAAAAGAUGAAUGAGUGAAAGCAAGUGUUUUAUGUGAUACACCAGCGUGAUGCAAAAGUGCAGAAUAUUAUACGAAGAAAAUAAAAAAGGGGAGCUACAGAAAAUAUGCCACCCGCGUAACGAAUUAUACGAAAAAUUGCAUUAAGAAAAAAGCUAAUCUACUAUUAAUCGAAUGCCCCAUUUAUAUCUUAUACUGGAGAAGAAUGAUCGCACUUUGAAAAAUUCGGCAUUGCUUCCUUCCGCGUUAGGGUUAAUUCUAACGCGACCUACGUAUACGGUAUUUAUUUUGUUUUUGCGUGUUUUUCGUUUGUUUUACUACGGAUGUGCGCUACGUUACUAUACCCUCCCCCAAAUGCUGCCAACCAACCGUAGUGGGUAGAGUGUAAAAUUAAUCCAAUUUGUGCAAUUCGUGAAAUCGGUCCUUACCCGCAACCGAGUGCGCGUGUUCGAUCUGAUCUGAAUGCGAGAAGAACAACGCCAGUUUUGUUUAACAGUUUUCGGACGCAACUGCACAAGUUUUGCGAAAACGUGUGUGCGUGUGUUUGUGUGAAACCUGCGUGAUUGCUUCUAAAGUAUUCACGAACGCGAGGAAAAAAAAAAUACACCCCGCACGUCAAACGGAAGACACGGCGACAACAGUGCAACGACGCGACGUGUUGACGAUCACGCGUAACGAAGAAUUCAUCGCCGGAAACAGUACACCUGUUUCUGGUCGCGGCAAGUUUUGAGUAAAGGUUCAAAAAUUGAUAACCAAAAUCUUCCAUCGAUGAUGCUCCACGAGGCAGUGAUGUUGGAAAUCUACCGACAGGCCCUUCACGCUAGUGAAAUGGCCAGCCCUAGAUGCCAAUCGAGGGAAUCGUCGUCGGGCGGAGGGCGCUGUCCAUCGGAUGAGUCCAUCCGCUCUGAAGGGGAGCGUGACGAUCAAGGCACGGGUAACAACCUGAGCCCGGUUUCGAUCACACUUCCGCCGACGUUACCACCGGCCGCUGCAGCCGCCCUCCUGCCUCAGCAUUCGGCCGCCAUGGCGGCGUACCUAAAUGUAGCAGCCGUUGCAGCACAACAGAAUCGGCUGCUGCUGGGGUCGCCGCUAGCCGCAGGACUCGCCUCGGUUCGGAACGGUUCGUCUCCGGUACUACCUCUACGGUCACCGACGGACGAAAGUGACGAUGCAACGGUGCUGGACUUCAGCAAGAAGCGAGGCUCCGGUGGUGGUGGCGGUGGUGAUGAUGACGACGAGGACGACGAUGAGGAUGAGGACGGAGGCGAUGGUGGCGGAGUAGGUGGAGCGGGAGGCCGUAGAAGCCGCGGUGGGGAUGGCGAUGGUGACGGUGACGGUGGUAGUGAUUGCGGUGAUGUGGUCAACCUCAGCCAAAAGUCUGGCAUCGGUGAUAACAGUCCGCUCGAUCUGUCCGUGAGCCAUCGAAAGAGGACGGGAAAUGAGGAUGGCGCUUCACCGCCCCCACGCAAAACGACUCGAUCGCUCGACUACAAACCGGCCAUUGUGACACCGUGGAGCACACCGGUCACUCCGCAGCUACCGUAUCUGGCAGCGGCGGCUGUAGCGGCCGCUGGUCUAUCGCCCAAGAACAACCACCACCAGCACGGUAUCCAUGCGGACAGCUGGAAUGGCAAGCACAAAUCGGUCGCAGCUGCUGCAGCAGCCGCCGCUGCCGCUGCUGCCGUUACCAACGAUGCCACGAAGGCACUCGAGAAGAUGUCGGAACUGAGCCGUUUGGGCGGCGAAGAUAUUUAUCGAUCGCCGAGCUCGGGAAAUUCGGGUGGUGGAGGCGGUGGAGGUGGUGGUGGAGGCGGAGGAGGUGGUGGUCGGCACAGUGCCUGGCAAUCGCACUGGCUCAACAAGGGUGCCGACUCGGCGAAAGAUGUGCUGAAGUGUGUUUGGUGCAAACAGAGCUUCCCUUCGCUGGCCGCCAUGACGACGCACAUGAAGGAGACGAAGCAUUGCGGCGUGAAUGUGCCACCCGGCGGUGGAGGAGCAGGUGGACACGCACAACAACCAAUUCCACCUCCGGCCCAGGGCAACAAUAUGGGCGGGCAAGGUGGACAGGGUGGCCAAGGGCACGGUACGGCGUCGAAACCAUCGCCAAGUGAACUGAACAUGCUGAUCAAAGAGACGAUGCCACUGCCGAGAAAGUUGGUCCGCGGACAGGACGUUUGGUUGGGUAAGGGUGCGGAACAGACGCGUCAGAUUCUGAAAUGUAUGUGGUGUGGUCAGAGCUUCCGCACAUUGGCAGAAAUGACAGCCCACAUGCAGCAGACGCAGCACUACACCAACAUCAUCUCACAGGAGCAGAUCAUCUCGUGGAAGUCCUCCGAUUCGGAUAAGGCUGGUGGUGGUGGUCCGGGUGGUGGUGCCGGUGGUGCCGGUCCGAGUGGUGGAGCAGGACCCAACGGGGGUGGCGGCGGAAGCGUCGGAGGUGGUCCAGGUGGUGCUGCAAAUGCGGCCGCCGCUGCACAAACAAACAGCCACGUCAGCGCCGUGUUAACGUGCAAAGUGUGCGAUCAGGCAUUCUCCUCACUGAAGGAGCUCAGCAAUCAUAUGGUGAAGAAUGCACACUACAAAGAGCAUAUCAUGCGAUCGAUCACCGAGAGCGGAAGUCGCCGGCGACAGACGCGGGAAAAGCGCAAAAAGUCGCUACCGGUGCGGAAGUUGCUCGAGAUGGAGCGUGCCCAGCACGAUUACGGCAAGAACGGUGCCGAGACUGGUCCGAACUCGGCUGCGGCAGCUGCUGCCGCGGUGGCAGCGGCCGUCAAUGCGGCCAACAAACCGUUGCGCGAUCUCGGCGCGGGCAAGAUAACCUGUGAGAAGUGUAACGAAAAGAUCGAAACGACCAUGUUUGUCGAUCACAUUCGGCAGUGCAUCGGCGGUACGGCCCUGCUUGCCGCACAGCAACAGCGUGACAAGCUGAAGAGCGCACUGCUUUCCAACACGAUCAUCCCACCCGACUCGAUCUCACCGGUAACGCCAACAGGACGUGAUGGUCGCAAGAGCGUUAGUGAUGAUUUGGCAUCACCACUUUCCUCGCAGAAGUCCCCGCUCGGGUCCGACCUGCUGUCGCCGGUGUCGAUGCUCACCAAGAAGGACGGCAAUGGUGGCGGUGGAGGUGAAAAGAGUUCCUCACCGUCGGUACUGAACGCGAUCGAGCAGCUGAUCGAGAAGAGUUUCGACACCCGAUCACGCCACGGAGGUUCGAACUAUGCGGGCGGUGGUGGUGGCGGUGGAGGAGGCGGUGGUCAAAGCUCGACUCCGCUCGGUUCCAGCAUACUGAAGCGACUCGGUAUCGACGAGAGUGUAGACUACACCAAGCCGCUGGUAGAUCCGCAGACGAUGAAUCUCCUACGAUCGUACCAUCAUCAGCAGCAACAGGCGCAGUACGCUUCGCAACAGUUUGGUCGCCGCGAACGUAGCGGCAGUGAGUCCAGCUCCAUUUCGGAACGGGGCAGCAGUCGGAUGGAUUCGCUGACGCCCGAGAAGAAGUUCGAUACGCCGAGUCAUUCCACGCCGCGCGGUACUCCGGACAAACCGUACGCGGAGCAAGCCGACGGUCAUCACCAUACCGAUGGGUCGGAUCUGCAUGUGCAACCACCGAUCAAGCGGGAGUUGCACAGCGACGACGAAUCCCCGGAGGCGGACACCAAACCUGCAGCCGAGCAGGGAAAGAUCCGCAUCAAAAAGGAGCUGAUGCCGGAAGAUGGCGAUGAUCAUGAUGCUGACCAUGAGAUGCGACCACCGAGCAAGUCGCAGCAGCAUCAGCGCGACGAUCGUGACGAUCAAGAACCACCGAGACGUGGCAGUGUCGCAUCCAGCCCUGCACCCAGUCCGCGCCUAUCGACGGCCAGUGUACCGCUCAGCCCAGCGGCCAGCCCACUCAGUGACCAUCAUUCCAUCGCAUCCCGAUCAACGCCCGGUGCGGACUGCAGCUCGAAAAAGUCAUCCACCGUCAGUAGCAGCCUCGGGGCGCUCUCGUCCAUGUUCGACAGUUUGACCGGCGCGGGCAGUGGUUCGACCGGUGGUGGUGAUGCCGGCUCGACCGGUGGCACCGGUGGUAAGAAAUCAAGCGCCCAUCCAUUGGCCGCCUUGCAGAAGCUUUGUGAUAAGACGGAAACACCAUCGGCAGGUGGUGGUGGUGGCGGUGGGAGUCGUGGUGGUUCGAGCAGUUCAGCGUUGUUGGCGGCCACCACCAACAGUACCGGUUCGCGGACAGCUCCCGGGGCCAUCUUGGCGUUUAGCUGGGCCUGCAAUGAAGCCGUCGUGUCGGAAGAUGUUGCCGGCGGCACGAUCAAGUGCGCGUACUGUGAUACCACGUUCGGUUCGAAGGGUGCCUACCGGCACCAUCUCUCCAAAGCUCACUUCGUUAGCGACGAUGUCAUUCCGGAUCCGAAGGUUCCGGGCGGUGGUUCCGGGGCCCUCUCGCUUGCCGCUACCAGUGGCGCACAGUCACUCAAGACACGUUCCUCACCCGCACCGAACUCACCGAAAUCGACCGGCUCGACCGCACCCCUGUCACUCGUGACCGGUUCCUCGGCCGGUUCAUCCUCCUCGUCCGCCUCAUCGACGGGCGGUGGUCGGGAAAGCUUAGAACGGCGCGCAGGUCACGAGUCGGGCAACGGACCAUCGGCCAAAAGUCCUCCACCAUCGCAAUCGCCCUCCUUCGAUGAAAGCCCUCACUCCAAGUUCCUCAAGUACACUGAGCUAGCGAAGCAACUUUCGUCCAAGUACGUCUGACACUCUUAAGGCUCGUGUCGACAAAAGCCUUCCACGGAGAGAGAGAGAGAGAACAAGAAACGCGCCGGUGCAGAAGAAAACCAGGGACACAGAAAGCGUACGCUUCGAAACGAGAUCAACCCAGAGAUCGGGUGUACACGUGCCCGCGAGAAGUACCGAACAAAAUGGCGAUCGUCCAUGUUUGUAACGAUUCGAUGAAUGCUUCAAGCCUUUUUUGUUACUCCUUUUGCGUACUUCUUGUUCGGAGUAGCUCUUCUGGUGCCCGUCGGUGAAGGUGAAUUGUGCUAGGUGAAUCUUUCCCCCGUCUUAUCCAGAUUAUUCAUGAAAACGCACACACCCACACACUCACAUACACAUAUCCUUCGGGUGCACAGCAAGUACGGGAGGACCGGUCGUCGCCAGUUCGGCAAAAACAAGGUGGCGCAACGCGAAACAACGCAUACCGCUCGUUUUGGACAGUGAAGCGAUGAAGAGAAAAAAAACGCACAAUGGCAAUUUAAAAGGUAAACUAUAGUCAACUUAACAGAAACAUGGUUAUACGAAUAUGCAAAACAAAAGAAGAAAUACGAAAUAUGAUGAACAGCGAAAACCGUAGCGCUGGGACACACGCUUGUAACACGAAAAGCAAAUUCAAUUUACUCGGAAAUUUGGUAUACGUAAUUUACACAACACAUAUUAAUACACAUUGCAAAAAAAGCAACAAAAAAACCUACCACCCAACAUAGGGGUAAAGCGAGAAAUUUAAUAUUGCGCAAAAUUGCAGUUGGUAACAAAAGCAAGAGAAUAUUCAGCACACACACACACAGAAAACAAAACUCCAUUCUUUGAGUGUAUACGGAACAAACGAAAAGACAAAAAGGUGGUAAAACAGGAAAAGCAUAACGAAAAUAUCACUUGUUUCACAACAUUCAGAUCCAUAACCUGAAGCAAAACCUCCCCGAAAAACACAAGCUAAUAUAAAAAAAUAAUGAAACAAAACAAAAGCUAAACAUUCAUGAAACUGUGCACCGAGUGGUUCAGGAAGGAAACUAAAAAAAGAAUGAUAGAGAGAGAGAGAGAGUGUGUAUCUAGAACACUAUUAAAUGAUACGAAGUGUAAAAAACAAGAACAGACAAACAGACGUGCCAAAAUUCAGUAUACUAAACGAUUGUUCGAUCAUUCAAUUUACACCGCAAGGAAUAGAAGCGAUUUUUUAGCAAAACGCACCUAUAGAAAUCACACAAACACACAUUUGAAUCAACCUUGGAGAUGGAGAAGAUGGUAUUAAAAGAAAAUCAAAAUCUUGUUACUUUUCCUAGUUGCUGUACAGUACAGCGACAGUCCACCUAAUGUACCAUUUCGAAAACAUUGAUCUGGUACUGGGGAGUGCUUUUUUGUUAUUUUGCUGUAUUUGUUUCAUCAAAAUCAUGCUGUCUAUUUUCAUCAAUAAGCUUCCAAAUUGGUUCGUACCCUUAAACCCCAUAUUCGAAGUUGUUGCCUGUCAUUGAUCAAUCUCAAAUGGGUGGGCGAAAAUCUCACCCCACCUGGCAUGGAGUAUCCUAACAUGUACAUAGAACAAUAUCAACUACACUGAACUAGCCUCUGUCUUUAAAUUAUGUUACAAGGAUAAUGGGUCGUGGUGCGAGUAGUUCCAUCCGCAAAACGUAAGCAUAUAGUAUACCCUUUUACUGAAUUCCGUGCCUGGUGGCACUUGUAACGCAGAAAGUAUAAGCAUUUCUAACCGGCUGUCUGACGAUGCGAGAAGAAGCAGAAAAAGAAGAAAAAACUAGGAAUUAACAAAACGAAGAAAAAAAAACACAAAAAUCUAAACCUCUAAAGUAUUUUCAACGCCUACCAAGCUGUAGAGAAGCCAAGCAUCAUCUAGAAGUAGCGUAGCGAACUUUGCAGUCAACCACUCUGGAGAAAGAUUGGUAUAGUUGACACGAUUAACCGAUAUGCGGAAAAACAAAAACUUAUUUAUUGAGAGUGAUUUACGUAACUAUAUAUAUAUUGUAGGUUUAGGAACUAAAGUAGUUCCCUCCCCGACCCAGGGAGAAAAAAAACACCCCUUUAAAAGCGAACAUUAGCAUUAUUAGGCUAUGUCCGAGCAUUACAGCGGGGUGCGAAUGAUUACGCAGGGGUUUGUAAAACUUGUGUUGUGUGCGUGUGUCCAGGUAAAGCAUUUAGCAUUAUACAAACUACUACCGAUCUACGCACAUGCCAUACACAUGGUUCAAUACGAUCGAAACACUGUAUACGCGGGCAAAAUUGCAAAAAACACGAAUCAACACGCAAAGCAGUCGAACUCACACACCACACACAUUGGUAUACUGAAGGAAAAGGAAUCUAUCUAUACAUAUAUAGAUAUAGAACUAUGUACAUUGUAUAUUGAGAACAGUUUGAAUUAUAUUACUAUAUAAAAUUAUUAUUAUUAUUAUUAAACUAUAAAUUACGAUCGAAAUUAACGCAUCAAAUCAAAGCCUGCAAAAAUUUCAGCUGUGACAGCGUCCAACACGUCGGUCACCAGUAACGGUUUUUGGGUGGGCUAACAUGGCCAUAAACGUAUACCGUUAAAAUCGGGGGGUGUGUGUGUGCGUUGCAGAAACCGUUAGGGGUGGAAAAAGAAAACUUAAAUUAAAAACAAAAGCAACCGCCACUAUUUAAAUGUUUGGAAUCUUUAAACGAAACAAAUUAAAAACGAUCAUUCGGCUAAAAACAAACGAAAAAAACGAAAGCAAAAAAUUAACAGUGCUAAAAAAGAGGAGUAAAACAACAGAACAAACAAAACAAAAAAACACGUAUACGUAAUUUGCCGCCAGAAAAGUGCUAGGGUAAAACAAAAAAAAAGAAAUCAACAAAGAAAAUGAAACACAUGCCACACGACACGCGCGAAGGAAAUCAGUCAAAAAUUUUGCUAUCCGGGCAUAUCGAGCAACAACUUGUGUGCGGGACAUACGGGAAAACAAUGACACAGUCGUUUUGUAUUUUUCUCUGUUUUUAUUUUCUAUCGUUCACAAGACGUGAAUGGUGCAUUUGUUUUUUUUUUUUUGCGUGGCAAAAACCAAGCAAAAAAUCGCAAUCCUUGUAAAAAGAAAAAAAAAAACAAAAGUCAGCCUGUAUUGGCCAUUAUAGUUGCUGCCGUUCGAUACUAUUGGUCUCAUACCGUAUAUAAAUAUAGAGCGUGUUAAUAUCACGGUGCAGUUGAUAAAAUUCCUUGGUUUAAAGGCAUGAAAGGAACUACAAACAAUAACAACAACAAACGCUUGUUGGCAAUUGCUGCCCAGUGAAAAUUAAAUUUGAAUAAAUAAAUAAAAAAAAACACGCACACACAAAACCACAGUGGCAAUCCUUUUAGAUCUUUCUGUCCGAAUGCUCUACAAAAGCAUCUUCACAAAGACUUCCAGCCCAAGUAGAAUAGCAGCAGGGACAAAACGGUGGUGUCGCAGCUGGUGUCGAAGCGCCUCGAUCAGGUGCGGAAUAGAUUAACAAAACAAAACUAGUAGAAUCUUGCUACUCCAAUCAAUGCUUUCCUUCCCCCCCGUUUUGUGUUCAGUUGGCCAAGCAGAAGCAAAACACACGCGGAGACGCAAGAAGAGUGUAAAAUACGUUGGUUUUCAAAGUUUUGCGUAAUGAAGCAAUGGCGGUGAUGAAGCUCAUCCGAGUCCCGAAAUUAAAGAUAAUACAUCUAUAAACUAGUCUACUUUGGAACAUUAAAGGAAUGCGGAUAACAGACAAACACCCUACCAUGCGCAAGUACACACGCUGUAGAAAUUAAGGAACCAGGGGAGGGUAAAAACUCAAUUUAACAUACCAGAAAACAAAUACGAGAAUCAAAUUCGAAUGAUAAGAAUACCACGUGCUAGGUUUAAUACUGUAAGCCCCGAUUAUGUGACCAUCAUGAUAGCGCCAAAAACGAAAAGAAAAACAAAAACGGAGACACACAAUUUGCCAAGUGGCCCGUGGUGAUGGAAAGGAAACAAAAAAAACACGUAACAAAGCAAGCGGUUUGUAAUUGUAAAACAGGCGUAAACAAGGGUGUGCAAAGCUCCUCAUAGUGAGAAGAAUGUGAGUGAAACCGGCGGGACAGGGGUGAAAUAAACCUAAUGGAAUAAUGGAAUGAGCGAAUGGCAAAAAUUAAAGCAUCAAAUCAAUUAUUAUUUAAAUGCAAAUUUUUAACAAAAAAAAAACGAAACUUUUAAAUGUCCCCACUCUUAUCGCAGCACCGAUGCAAAAAGGUGUGAGCUGAUUUGAUGGUAAGGAAAGCAGAGAAAAAAAACACCUAGAACAAAAAAGCCGAAGCCGAAGAGCGUUAUUCAAUUUCAGAAAGGAGAAAAGAAAAAGCUCGAAACACUUAGCCACCAAACAUUCACAAAUACACACACAGAGAGAGAAAAAUACCCACAUGCAGCUCAAACACACAGAAAAUGCAAGAAGAAAAAUUACAACAAAAAAAACACAUGCGUGGGCAAAAACCGCUCAACCGAACCGUCGAUGCCGAAGAGGAUGUAGCAGAAUCAGUGACAAAAGUAAUAAAAUAAAAUCGACAAAAUACAACAAACCUAUGUAUAUGUUAAAAUUUAAA